AUGAGUAUCAGUGAGGUGUUUGGCGAAUUUCGCUGCGGAAAGACGCAACUCUCACACACCAUGUCUGUCAUUGCACAGCUGCCAAAAGACAUGGGCGGUGCUGAGGGCAAGGUAGCCUAUAUCGGUGCGUCGCUUUCUUGUAAUCGUUAG